GGCUUCGUCCGGACUGCGCCUCCGUCGUUUGAUCCGGAAUCACGCGCGCCAAAUCUUCGCGAUCAAGCGAGGACGUCUGGACGCGCCGGCGGCGUGUCGCUCUCAACGACGAGGACACCGCUAGAUCACCAAGGGUGCGGAGGGGGGGGGGUGAUCCACGCGGGCGGACAAGAGGGAGGGAGACAGAGACAGAGACAAAGAGGAAGAAAGCUACGGCGUCGGGUUCCGCGGUGGCGACUAUGCGCGUCAUCGAUCGCGCGCGCCUCCGCGAUCGGCCGGAGAUGUGAUACCGGAAGUAGGCCAGGCAGGGUUGACCUGCGUGGGCGUGCAGGUACGGGUGCGUGCGUGCGUGCGUGCCGUGCAUAGGCCGCAGGUGUGCCGCGUGGUGGGCCUGCCGGGGGGCCAGUAGCAGUCGUAGAGAUGAGCGUCGUCGCGCCAACCUGCACGUCGCCGACGUAUCCGACGUCGGGGACUAACCCCUGGUGCAGUACCACUGCCCCUAUACGGCUGCUCUGCGUCGUCCUGGUCUCCUCCUGGAUUAUCCUCGAUCAGCCGGUACUGGGUCUACCGGAUCCGUCGGAGCUGACGACGCCGGAAGAUCUAUCGGGUAGAGGUAAGCAAAAAUUUGGCGACGAUUGUCUGAAGGACAGAGAAUGCGGCUUUGGUGGCUCCUAUUGUGAACCGAAGAAGAAAAUAUGCGCUUGUAAAGAAGAAUUCGAGGUCACGAACCAUAUCGAUAAGUGCGGACACGCGGCAAAUGUGAACGAGUCCUGCUUCUUCCACGAACAAUGCGAAGCACGGGUACUUCAAACGGAAUGUCGCGAUGGUCGAUGUAUCUGCCUCUUCGAGAAGAUCCCGAUGACGCAGGCGGAUGGUGUAAUAACGUGCGUAGCCGAAGUCAAAGAGCCACCCAGCCUCCGGUACAUCGAUCCCGCGAUGAUCGGCGUUCUCGUUGGCAUGGCACUGAUGUUCGUCAUCAUUUGUGUCGUUCUUAGGCUCUUCAGCAAGGCCCGCUGGCGAGAGAACCGUACUAUCUUUAAUACACCCAACGCACGACUGAUGAACGUUUCGCUGCUGAGAGAGAACAAACUCUUGCACGCGGAGAGACGUGGCUCGAGGGCGAGCGUACGAGCUCCGUCGAGGCAACCCUCGAUGGUGUCCUUGAGGGCCCACUCGCCGAACGCCUCGCAAGGUGCGAAAUACUCUCACCACUCACAGCACAGAAUGAGCCGGUCACGCACAGGAUCGCGACGUGGGAGCCACAACAGCAGCGGGAACGGUUCGGGCACCCCGGUGAAAUCUCCGAAUCAUACGAACAACAUCGCCGACCCGGUUCCGGAGAGCGUCACCGUCGAGAUUCUCGACGGGAAGGCAUAAGAUAGGACCGUCCUAGCACUAACGAUCCGAUCGACAACACACACACGUUUCCCCCGUUUAUCAUUAGUCUCACAUAGAUUAACGCGCGGCGUUCUCUACAUUGCAUACAUCGCCGUCCGUAAAAAAAAAUAUAUAUAUAUAUCUUUAACCCGCGUAUAAAUUGGCCCGCUCGGUCUUCAUCACGUUUCCGUUCGGUGGCUGAAAAGUAGGAAUAAAAAUUUAUAACGUUCGAUAAUGCAAAAUAUCAUUGGUAAAUACUUCGCCUACAUAAGUUGCGACGAAAUAUCGACGACUCGUGCCCGACGACGUCGAAAUCUCGACGAGGUCGGGGUAUAAAUUAUCAGUAAUUGGGAUUGCCUAAGUACUUAUCGUCGCUGCUUUAACAGUAGCAGAAGGAACAUCCGAUAGAUUAAUUGCGAUGAGUCUUCGCAGCGUGUCUCUCUUUUGAUAUAAUUCAAUAUUCCUCUAUCUAAUAGAUUCGAUUUAAAAGAGAACACAAUUGAAUAACAAUCAUCAGAGAACAUUAAUUUUUUAAAAUUAAUUAUCUUAUUUGAUAGAAUAUUAAAUCAAAAAGUCACUUCAAAGAUAGAAAAGAAACAUAGCUCAUUAUAAGAUACACGUAAACUGUCCGUAACGGAACGCCUAUUAUGUUGUUCUUAGCAAUAGCAUUUGUGACUAAAACUGAACGAUUAGCGAUCUACAUCUACAGUAUAACUACAUCAGGUAGUGAAUUAGUUGUUUGUAUUGGUUUGGCAGAAUGUUAACGAGCCGUUUUGAGAACAGAGACUUGUUUAACAAAAAAAGCGAUUUGGUAUGCGCAAUUUAAUACGCGUAAGUUGCGAAAUAUCGUAAACGAUAUUUCAGGAGAGAUUCUAUUUGGGGGGGAAAAAAACAUGAUUAAAGUUGAAAGAGAGAUGGAAAUCAUCAUAUCUCUUUAUACUGUGGCGACGUAAUUCUGUUGUUCAUCCGUCUAUCGAUGCAAUUUCUCAUCCCUUCGCUCCGUGGUAAUCCGUUUCAAUCGUUUCAGAAAAAUUAAUGCGCGUUAUUAUAAUCGCGGUGACGGACAAUUAAUUAUCGAGACACACUUGUAACGCGAGCACCUUUCGGACCAAGCGGUCUCCGCACCGCGCUUGAUCGUUCUGUUUUAACGGGAAUGCAUAUAAUGUACAUAUGUGACACGUAAUUGAUACUACCGUAUGGCAAUCUGUAUAUCAAUAGAGAACGCAAUAUGCACGCUCGCGGAAUAUCCCACGGGAUACAUCGAGAGGAAAUAUAUGCGGUGAUACAACACGGUCCGUUAUGCUGAGAAUAGCGAUUGCAUCUGACUGUAAAUCGUCGGUCCAUGUACAGGAGCUAAUUCUCGUUACUAUUAAGAAAAAAGUAUAAGUGACAAGAAUGAUACAAUAAUGAUAAUUUUCUUCGACCAGUUGCUAACUCGAACUCACAGUAUAGCUUACAUUAGAAAUUGAAGCGAGGACAAGUCAUUCACAGUGUCGAUGCGAUGAUCGAUACGAUCAGACGCGUAUGCCUUUUCCCUGAAAGUUUCUUUUUUUUUUUUCGGUGUGUGUGUGAGAGAGACGCCGCGGGAUCGAGACGUGGCAGGACGACAAUCGCAAGAUCGAUUAGUCCUUCACAUCGAAAGCGAAACGCUGCGGCUCGAUUGGCUCGCGACAAGCCAACGCGAAAGGGACCAGAGGAGAUAGCACGUCGCACGUUUUCGUCGGUGCAAAAUUGAAAGUGAGAUGCGUUGCCGGAUUCGGUAAGCGGUGCCACGCGGCGGUGAUUAAGAGUGCAUCUGACGAAUAUUAAGCUUACAAUCAUAAGCGUAGCAUUGAAUGAUAAUCGCAUCAAUUAAACGUAAUCAGAGCAUGAGUAGACGACAUUUCCUUGAGGUGCGUACAGAUUUCACGUAGAAUGAAAAAAAAGAUAGUAUGCUUAUGAAUUAAAAAAAUUCCUUUAGAAACGUUUCUUUUAAAGUUUGUUUUUUUUUCUUGUCUAUAUUGGAGUGUUUAUUAUAAUAUUUACAUUAAAUAUUGGCAAACAAAAUUGAAAUAUAUUAGAGAAUUUGGAGAAAAAAAAGAAAUAGAGAGGAAAGAACAAAAAGAGAGUUUCUUUUAAAUAAAUAUAUAUUGUAUUACAGAUAUAUACUUAGAAAAAAUCGAAGAAUUGCAAAAUUUAGAAAGCUCUAAGAAAUUUUAGAGAAACUUUAUUCAAAUAAAAAUGUUUUGUUUCUUUUAAAAAGUUUUCAUUUUACAACAAGAUCGAUAAAAAUCUGUGUGAAACACUACGCGUGUUUCUAUCGAAUUAAACGGGCAAAGGAACUUCGUAGAAUGACCAAUAGACACGUAUAUUUGUAGGUCAUUUCAUAUAAUAGUAUGUAUUGCGAUUAGCAUUGAGAUUCGCAAUAUUCACGCGAUUGAAUUUCUUCUCGCAGCCAAACUUAUCGCUAACGCGUCGAGCUCGCGAGUAAUUAAAUUUACGAAUAUUUGAAGUCCAAUUUUCAUGUUCGUGUAUUGAUAAAUUUGAUUUAUUGAACACGCAGGUGGAAAUGUUCGUCGAGCUCGAUGUUGAUGCAACACUGGCAACUAGCACUCGAAAAUUUAUGCUUUUCUCCUCAUUAUCGAGAUUAAGCAAGAGAAAGAGAGGUAAAAUUAAAAAAAAAAAAGAAAUAUAUACACAUAUUAAGAUUUAAUUCUUAAAAAAAAAAAACAUCAAAAGAUGAAUCUAGUUUGUAGCGGUCCAAAAAGCGUACGCAUACAUAUAAUACACAAGAAAUUCUAAGAUUUAGAGUAAGUAUUUUAAGAUCAUGCGCGGGAACGUUGCUAAUUAUAUUAUCAUAAGCUUAGUCGUUUAUUAUCGCUUUUGCCUCGUACAACUCCUCUCUUCUCUGCGACACGUGUUAAUUGAGUUUCAUCUCAAAUUUUGCCCACACAUCUCGAUCGCUCGAAAAAUGCUUGUAGCCUGCUUCGUAGAAAUCGUAAUGACAUACAGCAUUGUAUUGGCGAAUGUUGCGUGUGUAUUUUUCACGUCCAAUGGAAAUCCGUUAAAUUCUCAUGUCUGGCAUUACGCAGGAAGGAACCUCUUUGUGUAGAGCGACCAAACAGCGCGAUUACACGCAUCUUUCGACACAAAAGUUUGGACGCAUGCGACUUUAUACGAAUAUCUUAUUGUUAAUCGCACAAGAGUACAUUACGGUAUUUCGGGAAGCUUGCAAUGUCCAUAUUCCGAUAGAAUUGUGCGGACAGACGAGCGAUCGUAGCCCAGUGCGAUUGUAUCUCAACAAUUUAGUGCCUGCGCUAUCGCGUUCCUAGAGAUAGAUCUAAAUUUAUCGACCGAAUUUAUAUAUUACGAAUACAAAAAAAAUAUAUAUAUUAUACACACAGUUACGUAUAAUUAUCGUACGAGAAAGAAUCUAUAAGAUAUAUUAAUAAAUGCGUAUACACACGAUUAUUCAUGUAAGCUUGGCACUACCUGCACUAUAUGUAGAUUACUUCUGUAAUGCCUAGUAACUGUCUCCACUCUGUGAUUCGUGUUAUUGCGUACAACACAUAACUGCAAUUAUUCUCGCGGGCAUUAUCGUGAUUAUUGUUAUUGUCACUGUUAUUAUUAUUAUUAUUAUUAUUAUUUUAAUUAAUAGUAGCAGUAGUAUCAUUGCUGUCGUUAUAAUCGCUCCUAUCCUCAUGAGGAGUGUCGAACGAAAUGACUCGCUUAGGGUAUUGUCGCCCCGCACCUGACAUCGUCCGCGUUUAAAUUCGUCUUUAUUCGUGAUAUGCAUCCUACGACUAUCCAUAGGUUCGCGCAUCCGCGCGCGAAUCAAAGGGAAAGCAUCGUUAUCGAUAGUAUUACUUUUAACGCGGCGAUGAUGCUUCACAUAAGAGAUGCGUGCGUGCGCGUGCAUGUGUACGUGAGAUGGCCAAAAUCUAAUAGAUAACGGCCAGGCAGAAUCUGAUCGUAUUCGUGAAUAAGUAUAUCUAGCGUGUAAGUUUGGUGAUCUUAACAGAUCGAACCAUUGACCGACGUCACCGUCGAAAAAUCGGGACGGUCCGGGAUCGAAAUUCGGGGAAGGUUUCUGUUCGGGAUCGCGCGAUUUUUCAGGGCGCUUGACGUUCCUCUUCUACCUAGGGUAUUACGUACAGUAAGUCUAACGAGCACACACACACACGAUCCAUCGCGCAAAAUGAUCUGCACAAAAUCCUAAUGAAUUUUUCUCGAGCUUCAGGAUAUCUCAUCUAUAGAGUUGACGCUUCGACGAUGCGGAUAUAUGAUAUUCUAUAGUAUAUAUUUUAAUCCGAUAUAUCACUUAUUAAGAGUGUAUUCGCGAGCAAGUUCGCGCGCAGAUGUUUUUCUCCGCUCUUAAAGAAACAAAGGAAAAGAUGAAAAAAAAUGAAAAAGCAAAACGGAUCAAGCAGAGUGCCUAUUCUUUAUCACUCAAAAACGCUCGCUCACUUUUGUAAGUCUCUAACUUUAAACGAAUUAAGGAAUUAAGUACUUUUUGCACACUCUACUCUACUCCUUUCUUGGCAGAAGCUCGAUGA